AUGCACCAGGGGUCCGAGGCCCGGGGUCGAAGCCUGGGGUCGGGCCCCCGCGGCGGGCCAGACGGAGAGCCCGGGGCCUGGGGAGCCAAUAGAGACAGGACGCACAGGCUGCCCAAGGAGAUGGCCCCCAUGGAGCCCCGGGCCUUUGCCGCCCAGCUCAUCGCGCGGCUGGAGAAGCUCAAGAGGGAGCAGGACACCCGCAGCACUCUGGAGGAGAAGCUUCAGCAGAUACAGGAGGAGGAGGAGAGAGACGAGAACGGCGAGACACACCCCCUUCUGCCCUGCAGCGGCGGCGGCGGCGGCGGCGGCGGCGGCGGCCAGUGCGACGAGGACCCCCAGGCCAUCCUAGACGAGCACCUGUCGCGCGUGCUCAAGACGCCGGGCUGCCAGUCGCCCGGUCUGGUGCGGUACUCGCCGCGCUCCCGCUCGCCGGAGCGGUGCGACGCGGCGGCGGCGGCGGUGGCGUCGCUGCCGACCGUGCCCUUCCCGGGGACCAAGCACAUCCACCACCACUACGUCCACCACCACGCCGGGCCCCGCACCAAGGAGCAGACGGAGGCCGAGGCGGCGCAGAGGGUCCAGUGCCUCUGCCCCCCCGGCAGCGCCGACUUCGCCCCUGUUCGCUGUAGCACUUUGUCCAAACGGCCGGCCAAGCUCUUCGAGGAGGGCAUGUCGGGCUCGCCCCUGCCCCUGGACACCUCGGACCGCUCGCAGAACGUGUGGCAGUGGAUCCUGGAGAGCGAGAGGCAGGGGAAGCACAAGCCACACAGCACUCAGAGCCUGAAGAAGUCCCACCCCGUGGACUCGCCGACCAAGACCCUGCCCGGAAGAACGCACGCUCCCUGGGGCGGCGGCGGCCUCGGCAGCGGGGGUCACCUCCGCAGCCACCACCCGGGCCACCCCUUCAUCCAGGACCCCGCCAUGCCCCCCCUGCCUCCGCCCAACACCCUGGCCCAGCUAGAGGAGGCCUGUCGCAGGCUGGAGGAGGUGUCCAAGCCCCCCAAACAGAGACACUCUGCAGCCAGCGGCGGCGGCGGCGGCCUUCAGAGAGACAGGAGUCAUUCCACAGCUGCCUGUCCCAGCGGAGGCACCCCCCCAGCCUGCUCUGCAGUUCAAACAGACCUGUCCAAGGAGCUGAUGGUCACCUACUUCUUCUGUGGCGAGGAGAUCCCCUACCGCAGCAUGAUGAAGGCCCACAGCCUGACCCUGGGCCACUUCAAGGAACAGCUCAGCAAGAAAGGCAACUACAGGUACUACUUCAAGAAGGCCAGCGACGAGUUUGAGUGCGGUGCCGUGUUCGAGGAGGUGGCAGACGACGUCUCGGCGCUGCCCAUGUACGAGGGCAAGGUGCUGGGCAAGGUGGAGAAGAUGGACUGA